GGGGGGAAGGAAGUUAGAGGGGGCGUAGGGCGCCAUUGGGCACCGCGCUCCGAGGACGGGAAAAUGGCGGCCUUGGGGUCCCCGGCGCGCACUUUACGAGGUCUUCUACGGGAAUUGCGCUACAUGAACGAGGCCACGGGCCGACCCUAUCGCGACACCGCGGCCUAUCGGUACCUCGUGAAAGCUUUCCGUGCACAUCGGGUUACCAGCGAGAAGCUGUGCAGAGCCCAACAUGAGCUUCAUUUCCAAGCCGCCACCUAUCUCUGCCUCCUACGCAGCAUUCGAGAACACGUGGCCCUUCAUCAGGAGUUUCAUGGCAAGGGUGAGCGCUCAGUGGAGGAGUCCGCUGGCUUAGUGGGUCUCAAGUUACCCCAGCAGCCUGGAGGGAAGGGCUGGGAGCCAUGAGAAUGGAGAGAGUCCUUGGAUGCUGCCAUCAUUCAAGAAUUUAAUCAUCUUUCAAUAUGUAUUUAUCAUUAAAUUUUUGUUUAAGUUUAGGGUUUUUCUCUGUAAUUUUGUUGACCGAGUGUUUCUUAGGGAGGUUUCAUCCUUUCAGCGAAUUUACUGAACUUCUUGUAUUAGGCUGAUUGAUGCUUCUGAUCUACUUUUAAAACUAUUAUUUUUAUUUUCAAAGUAUACAAACUUACUGUUUUAAGUAACUCAAAUGGUACAGAAUAUAAAAUAAAAGGUGUCUUUUUUCUUA